UCCUACGUCGACGCUUCCAGAGCGGCACAGAAAACGGGGACGUGCGGAAUGCCGUCUCCGGGUCUUUAUCAUGGACUGCAGUCAUGACUCGAUCGACUGCAUUUUGCCCUUUUUAAUGAAAACUGUAUCCCGUUUCCUUCGCGCUGACGCCUCCCGACGCACAUCUGCAACCGCUGGCGUCCGGUUUUCAGUACCUGGACAGCUCCUCUUCCUCUUCUCCUUAUUACUAUUUUCAUCAUCAGGCACAUGGAGUCCCUGAUGUGAUUGUGGGGGAAGCCUUGCGAGCACAUUACGCCUCCCCUGAUCGGGCGAUAGCCUCGUCCUCUCCGCUAAAGGAUGGUGCUUCCAGCCCAGAGGUGCUCUCGAUCCCCUGAGAAGAAGCCAUACGUGUGCGCAGUCGACGCAGAUUCAAGCCUAAUCGCUGCCUACACACGGGAAGAUCCGAGCUCCGACAACGCCGAUCACCAUAAUAAUAAUGUUAAUAACCGGCUAGAGGAUAUCACCAUCAUCACCGCUGUGUGGUCAGUGGAGUCAGGAUGUAGAAAAUACACAAGAGAUGUGGUCCUGACCAGAUCCCUGCAGUGGUGAACUCGUAUUCAGCGCCUGGCUUCGUUUAAAGAAGACAUUAUUUGUGCCGCCUUGACAUGAGCAACACCCAAGCUCCUCCCCAGGGUGGAGCCUCAGAUCUGGAGGUCAUCUCCCAGCAGGUGGAGGACGACAACCAAUGCGUGGCUCCAGUCCAGCUAGUCAACUUCACCUACAGAGACUUGCCUUUGGCGGCUCUGGACAUAUCUCUUGCUGGAUCCCAGCUCAUCUCCAACCCUGAUGAAGACGACAACAGAGAUGGGUCAAACUGGCUGAAGCCCUGCUGUGGACGGCGAGCGGCCCUGUGGCAGGUCUGCCUGCUGUCGGCGGGUUUCAAUUGCUUCCUGGUGGCCUGUGUCAUCCUGGUGGUGCUGCUGCUGACAGUGGAGCUGCUCAUAGACACCAAGCUGUUGCAGUUUAAUAAUGCAUCCCAGUUUGCCAGCAUCAUCCACUGGAUCAGCCUGGCCAUCCUCUCCGUGUUCUUCACCGAGACGGUGUUCAGGAUUGUGGUGCUGGGGAUAUGGGAUUACAUCGAGAACAAAGUAGAGGUGUUUGAUGGAGCCGUCAUCGUACUCUCUCUGGCCCCCAUGGUGGCCUCCACAGUGGCCAACGGCCCCAGCAGCCCCUGGGACGCCAUCGGCCUCAUUAUCUCGCUGCGCAUCUGGAGGGUUAAGAGAAUCAUUGACGCCUAUGUUCUGCAAGUGAAGGUGGAAAUGGAGCUGGAGAUCCAGCAGUAUGAGAAGGCCAAGGCGGUGCGGGAGGAGCAGCUUGAUCGGCUAACCCAGAUCUGCCAAGAACAGGCUUUUGAGAUCAGACAGCUGAGGGCCCACCUUGCCCAGCAGGACCUGGACUUGGUAGCAGAGCGUGAAGCAGCCAUGCAGAUCCACCAUAUGUGGGGUAAACAGAGCAGCAGCUUCCAGGAGGUGGACGGCUUAGCUCCAGGGGCCUCCGACCACCACAGACCAGCCAAAUCUAGAGAGCCUCGGGGGGCUGCAGAUCACCACGGUCAGGAUGACAUGAAUAACUACAUCAGCCAGUACUACAGUGAGCCCAGCAGCGACAUGGGGAUCCCAGACCCGGCCCGUGUCAUCACCACAGCAGCCAUAGAUGUGCAUCUGCCCAACAACCCCAGCCAGCUUCCCUCCACCUUAGUGAGUGCCGACGCGGCGCCGUCCAGCCGACUGCAGCGCACCAGCAGCUCCGUCAGCGAGGCGUCCACGACCGCCGCGUCCCGCAGCAGCUUCAGCGCGCGUCACCACAGCAUCAGCAGCCACACGCUGGGCUCCAGCAUGGACUGCAGCUCCACCGUGCGCGAGGCCUCCACCUCCACAGACUACAGCAACCAGCGCUGCUACCCGCCACCUUACAGCAGCCCCCUGGCCUUGGGCACCCAGCCGCGGGGGAGUCCCAGCGCCGUGGUGCAGGAGCUGCUCUACUCUCUCUCAGAGGACUCCUGCCUCACCCAGAAGGCCUUGGACCCCGUCAACCUCAAACCGCCCAGUCCGACAGGCUCCACCAAAGCCAGCCCAGAGCUGGAGCGCCGGGUGAACAUUUAUAACAAGAGGAACCAGGAGAGCCGCCUCGGGCUUCACAACAAGCCCGUCAUCCACCUGCAGGGUAACGAGCCUCUGCUUGAGGAGAAGUACAGGAUGAUGGGCCCGGUGGAGACUUCAGUCAACCGCCUCUCAGAGGCAUAGGACUUCAGAGAAUAACCUUUUAUCAGGACUUACUCUUCAUAUCAGACAGGGAGGGAGUCAUUGGCACAUAAACUAUGCCUUUAAUCGUCUUUAUAUUGCUGGAAUUUACAGGAUGAACUUGCUCCAAGGGCCACAGAAAAAAAAUAUAAAGACUAUUCAUCAGGCUACACUUUUCAGGAAUUGACAAUUUCUUACUUUUCCUAAAAAAAAAAAAAAAAACAGCAACUUGGGCUAAGCCUGGCAUUACGAAAGAGCCUGGGCAAGAAAAGCUUGCUUUCCAUACCUUCUGUUUUUUGUUUUCUUUUGAAAAAAGGGGGAAGACGAUGGUGCUGAGAGCUUGAGGUUACUAUUCUUAAACACUUUCAAGCUCUCCAAAACAUCAUGUCUCAUCACAUCACCUGGAAACAGUGUCCAAGUUGUCAUGGUGGCCCGUCUAGCAUCUCCAGAUUAAUUAACGGUCCUCCUUGAUGGACGGCUGCAGGGCAAAUUGUCAAUUUUACCUUCUAUUAUUUGACUUUCUACAUUUCUGUUUGCAGAGUUAGAAUAAUUAUAUCUUUGGACCUUUAAGGAGUCAGAUUUGUUCUUACUCCAGAUGCCAUGACUGGAAAGCUAACCAAGCAAAGUUUAAUCAGAAUAUUCCAGAUUCUGCCAAUCAGUCAUUUAAAACCCUACAGGUUUCAUACAACUUUAGGCUUAAAUCCCCCACCCCUCCCUUUGUUUUUAGUAUUUUUAUUUUAUGUAAAUAUUUAAGAACGGAUACAGAUUUCUCAUGAAGAAAAAUAAGCGUGAGAGUUAAAAUAAAGUGCAAAAAAAACAUUUUUUUUUUUUAGCAUGAACCCUUCAAAUUUGUCAUCAUGUUGCAAACUCAGAGUUUCUCUGAUCAAGGCAAAGCAAACGCUGCAACCCAAUAAAAAGCAAAACAUGGCAAAUUCACAAAAGGUUGAGCCAAGUGUUUAAUACGCUGCUUUUCAAAAGCAUAGCUUACUGUACAUGUUACAUGUAAAAGUCAGGCAUCCCAAAAGAUAUACUUACUUUUCCAGCUCUUAAUACAAAUUACAUGUUCUACAGACAGGGAAAAUGCAAGUACAGGUUAUUCAUCACCCAUCUGCAGUCUACAGAAAAACUGGGAUUGAAGGAUGGUGGGAUUUUGUAUCACAUCAACAUACAGCUUCAACAGCUUGUUAAGGCAGAGACUGUCUUUCUGUGGUCGCUCUCGUUUAUUCCUUCUGUACCAUGAAGCUCCGAUUGUUUCCCUUCACUUGCUCAGUGCUUCUGUCAUCUCAGGAACAGCCUU